GUGGUAGGUCAGGCAGACGUGCCCCUUGAGCGACCACCCUCGUUGCUCUGCAGCCUGGCAGAGGGCAGAGGAGCCAUGGCCAGGGCAGCCGACGAAGGAGAGGCGGCGUUGUCUCGGCAGGAACCUCGCGAACGCCAGCAGACACAACCGCUGCAGGCACGGGAGGAGACCCCCGAGAAGUCGGCAGCUCGGGCGUUUGCUCAGCAGGUCUUUGCUGAGCUUGACCUGGUCUUGAAAAACCUUUGUGAGAGCAAGCGUUCUAAUGACCCCAUUGAGAGAGGGAGUGAAGCCAAUUUAAUCUCUUCAAGCAGCACAGGCACUAUUUCAGCGCAUCAAGUCCCCAUGUCUGCUGCUGGAAGCAAAAGAUCUUCUUUUUCUCUCGAGCAAUCAGGGAUAUACAUUUCUUGUGGUGACAACCACGGCAUUGAGCCACAAAACCGAGAGCAGUACUUGAGUCAUCUGCAGCAGAAAGAAGUUACGCAACGGGCUUCAAAAAUGGACCUCAGCAAUUCAGUAGUCCCAGACCUUCCCCUUUGUGCCUUUAAUUAA